GAGUCACUGUCGGUGUAAAACCAUGGUGUUCACAAAGCUAUCGUUUCGCGCAGCCCUGCCUUUCAAAACCCGUCCUAUCAAACUUUUCCCUCGACGCUUCGCCUCAGAACCACAGCGUCCGCCAAUAAAGGAACCCGUCACCGAAACAUUCUCUGCAGCUUCAAAGCCACGACUAUACUACUCACGACCGCCGCCUCGAUAUGAUCUGCCUCGCAUAGAAAAAAAAUGGCCUUUCAUUCUGGCGUUCGCCACUCUCGGCGUGUCCGCUUGGGGUGCGUUCCUCCUAUACGCGACGAACCAAGAAAAGCUGGCAAGCUCGGUCUACAAACAAAUCUUGCGUACUGUGAAGGAGUGUGACGAACUGAAGGGGGUGCUGGGAGAUGCCAUUCGCGCUGAGCCAGCUUGGUAUCUCAAUGGGGACCCCUGGAUAACAGGUGGCGUCAAUAUUCCUCAAGGAAAGAUAGACCUGAGUUUCCGGCUAAAGGGGCAUAAAGGAUCAGGGACGUUGUAUUUCACCAGCAUACGAACAGCCAAAGGACAGCCCUUUACACCACUGCGUUUCCGGGUUAUAGGUGAUGAUAAAAGCAUAGUAAACAUUCCAGUCUCGACGCAACUACCGUCACCCUAGCACUACAUAUUGUGUUCCAGUCAUCGGUCCCCGUCACUUGUGUCUCAGGCUUGUUCGUCAUCGCGUUCACACUUCAAUAACGUAUUUUACAUUUGUGCCUAUCCUAAGAACAUUUUCCCCACCGCCACCUUAAAUACUUAAAGACUCUGCAUACAAGUACUUUUGAUCUUUCAGAUGCUACUCCAAGUUGUUUCACUCGUUCCCUGUGCGGCUCUGCUUAGUUUGUUAACAUAUCAUUAUGGUCGGAGCAGACAGUCAUCACGCCUCUUGCCUUAAACUACCGUACAAAUAUUACUGGCAAGGGAUUUAGGAAUGUACAGCAUUAGGCGUUUUGCAUUUCUAUACA